AUGGUUGGGGUGUACCGAACACCCGAACAAGCCAUAGCUGCAUCGUUGACUUUGAGGCAUCCGCUGGAGUUUGCAACGCCGUUGCCAGAUCUCCUCACCAUGUGCGUGGUGGAUGUCUUGAACAUGGGCCCAAAAGCCCUGGUGCAGCUUCGGAGCCAAAACCUUUCGUGGAUCUUGCAAAGGAGACAGGCGCUGGCAGCUCAGGAAGCCACGGUGCAUUCACAGCUUCACCCCGACAUGGCCACUUGUUUAAAAGGCAAACAAACUUGCUUGUGGGGUGAGUUGUUAGAGCAUACGGGGUUUCCCGAUGAUUCCUUAGUGCGGGAGGUGCGCCAAGGGAUCGAAGUCGUAGGCACGUCAGCUUGGUCACCUGUGUUCAGGAGGGGCUACAGCGCUCCAGAGAUGACCGAAACACAGUGGCAGGCACAGGCAGUGUGGAGGCGUAAGGCCGCGAUGGCAGCUUGCAAACAAGGCGAUGACCCAGAGCUGGCGGAUUCUUUGUGGCAGCAAACCUUGGACGAAGCCCAGGCGGGCUGGAUCAAGGGUGAUCACAUGCACUCCACACUCCUCUUGGAAGAACGACUUGCCACAGGUGAGACCGUUAGUGGUGUGGUCGCCGGAACACCAGCGACCGGUGUUCUUUGUGGCCACGUCAUUGAUGUUCGGCACUACUGCUAG